GCACAAAUCUGGCCUUUGUGAAUAAAGCUGCAGGAACUAGAGAACGGCCUGAGAAGCCCUGUUUAGAAUUCAUCACAAGCCACGCAGGCAAAUAUGGAUGAAUGUGGCUAAAACUUUAAUUUUUAGCAAACAUGGUGACAGCAUCAAGCUGCUGGGAUGCUGUUUCCCAGCAUGAAAGAAAAUCCUGUCAGAGGCUGCAAACGUUCAGAUGCUGGGGUGAAGGAUCCCCUUUCCAGCAGAACAAUGACCUCCAACAUCCAGACAUACUACUAGGGCAAGGUUUAGAUGAAAGCAUACUUAUGUCAGAAUGGCCCAGUCAAAGUCCAGACAAAAAAAACGUAAUUGACAGUCUGUGGCAGGAUUUAAAACUUGCACUGUACAUCCCGUCUGAUUUUGAGCUUAUUUUUAUGUAGAUGUGCAACCCAAAUAUGUGCUUCUGCACGCCACACUGUUCAGAAAGGUAUGCACUGCUUUUCUGUUGGUGUGUCACGUUUAAAUACGUUGAAUCUGGGUGUAUGGACACUUUUGCAAGGCAAACAGCAGAGUGAAAAAGGGACUCAUCAGUUUCUUUGCUGAUAUAUAAAGUUGAUCCAACUCAUCUCUUCCCACUGCUCUGCUGUGUGGGCGGUGCUCCAGCGAGCGCUCUGACGAAUCGCUUUUCUGUUUAAAUAGUCAGGUUUCCUCCUUCGCUCAGAGCUCUCUUUAACGCCAUGUUGGCUGUUAUGACUUGACGUGUUUUCAUCAGACUUUUACUACGAACCUGACAGGAGUGGCUGCGUGAAAAUCCCCCCUUUCUGGAGACCUUCCGUUUUUAUUAACGCGUAAUUUGGAUGAUAGCCGCGGAGGAUGCAUGCGUCGUUCGUGUGACUUUGCUUUCGGAGGGAAUACUACUUUGGAAUAGCAGUUGUUUUUAAAGGGACCGAGACCUUGUUUUUCUUCUUCUUUUGCUGCGGUUUUGGUUUUUUCACGUCAUAUGUGCAACAAGAUGUCAGACGUCCGCCUCUCUAACGGGAGCCCCACGGUGGAGCGGGUGGACGCAAGACAGCCGGACAGCGCCAGGUCGGUCCGCAGGGUGCUGUUCGGCACACCUGACCCGGAGGAGACGCGGAAGCAAGCGGAGGCGUUGCAACGGGAAGCCGUGGAAGCUUUCAGGGAGACGUACAACUUUGAUCCGGUGGAGGACAGGCCGCUCCCUCCGGGGGAUUACGAGUGGCAGGAGGACGAAGACGCGCCGGAGUUUUACCGCAGGUCCCCCCGGGGGAGCCAGCCGCCCCGGGGAGAGGCUGGCGAAAACAGCCCGGAGAGGAGGAGGCGGUCGGCUCAGACUAACGGUUCGCGGAAACGAUCUGCAGAAUCUGCAGGUUAUUGCUCUGACGGUUGUACGAGUAAAAGCAAAAAGUCGCAUUCCGACGAAGAGGACGAUGACGAACAGGCGCUCUGCUCUGGAAGCCAGGCAGAGGAGAGAGCCAGCAGGUCCGAGGAGGGAGAGGAGGUCCCGUGCUGUAUGGUGCCAGAGCACUAAGACCUGUCGCCGGUGGAAUACUGUAGGCUUCCUCACCAUCUGACAGAAGACGUGGAGAAAAACAUGAAAAACAAAGCAGCUUUAUCCGAAAGAAGGGAGGAGGAGAGGCUGCACAAGCACUGAAUAUGUACACUAUCGACUCAUAUUUUUCUAUUAUAAAAUUGCCUCAAAAGCAGCAGACAAUGUAGCAUUGUGCAAAUUGAUUUUUGCUCAUAUAUAUAUAUAUAUAUAUAUAUAUAUAUAUAUAUAAAUAUCUACUACCUAUGUUUCAGAUGUAGCAAAUAAUUGGUUUUCAUACCUUUUUGUGUAAAUGUGUGUAUUUGUGAGUUUGACUCAGGGAGUUGCAGUGCAAUUCCCAUCAGAGAAAUCUAAACGUUAUUUAGUAUAAAAAAAUGUUAAUUUGUGUCAUUAUUCAGGUAUUUGAUGUAAGUUUUUUUUUUUUAUAUAAAAAAAAAAAAAUGCAGAUUUCAAACAUCAGGGUUACAUGGAAACAAAAUGUUCACUUUUUCUAUGGUGUUGUUGAUGAAGGCCCACAUGGUCUUCACUGUAAGUUGAGGAUCCAUGAAACUGGGAGUAGCCAUGAUAGAUAAAGUUUACAGUCUUCUCAUUUCCCUAUUUUUAUUUUUUUGUUUUUUAAAUGGGAUCAGGGAGGGAGGGGGUUGGGUGGGCGAGGGGCAGAAAUCACGCCUCUUUUUCAGCCUGUGGUUAAAACUGCUGAGCAAUAUCCAUAAUUUUCUUUAAAAACAGUGUUUGCAAAUAAUCCUGAAAGUUCCAUUUUAUUUUCCUAAAAUUCAUUGAAUUUAUAUUUUAGUGAGGUACAUUCACCCCCCUCCCCCUGCACAAGUUGGUGUGGUCCAGGGUAACAUAUCUGGAGAAAAUAUGUUAAAACCACUGGGCUUUCUUUAUGCAAAUAUGUGAAUCAAAGAAUCGUGUUUGUGGUGUGAAAUUCAUGUGGAACAUGUAAUUGAUUGCACUAUUCAUUUGUCAUUUAAGUGAGGGCAGAAAUACAAAGUGUCACCCCUUCGCUUUGUGUAAAACUUUGAAGUGUUUUUUUUUUUGUUUUUUUUUUUAAAAACACUGUAAGACUAUACUAACUUAUUUACGUCUUUUUUUUGGUGGGUUAUUGUUUAGCUGUCCAAAGCAACAUUUUGUGCAUUCUUGUAAAUAUAUAUUUUCAUCAUUUAAAAAAAAAAUAAAAGAUGAAUAAAUAAAAUUGCUAAACUGA